AUGCAGCUUGAUCAUGUGGGCAACGGCGGCAACGGCGGCAACGGCGGCCCCACCGAGCUCGAAGAGGCAGUGGGCGACGUGGGGAUCUUCAUCGAUCGGCUUGGCCUCGGCCCGUCAGCGAUGCCUGCCGCGGACUUCGUCCGCAUCGACGAAAAUCAGCCGACUUGCACCGAGCCGGGCGAGGACCCGCUGGCUACGGAGCCGCCGACCUUGCCGCCUGCCGAGAUGUGGGAGGCCCCGGCCAGCAUGCAAGUCGUCUAUGACGACGCCAAUCCGGCUUGCCGCGAGGCACGGCGCUACGCCCGCGCCGCAAGCGAGAUGCUCAUCGGCUACGCGAAGGCCACCGGCAUCACACCGCGUGACCUCUGCGCGCUGUUCGACAUCCGCAACCCCAUCAUCAGGGCCCGGAUGGAGCGCGCAAGUCCGGCGCUCAACCUGAACAGCACCCCGCCUCCCGCCAUGCCCCUGGGCGCCACCCCGCCUGCUGAGACACCUCGUCGCCGUGGGCGUGUGCUGCCGGCGUGGAUGACGGAGCCGACCCCGGAGUGGGUCACUUUGGCUCAGCAGGCGGCUCGCCCCAGGAGCUCAUCGACGGAGGAGCACCAGUUGUGA